UGAUCCGUCAUCCACACUGAUAUGUCUGCCAGACAUGCAGAGAUGCGAUUCGCCACCUGGUCAUCAGAAGGGGGAAAGGAGAAGAUUAAUUGUGUGUCGUCUGCAUAGCAAUGAUAGGAGAGACCAUGUGAGGUUAUGACAGAGCCAAGUGACUUGGUGUAUAGCGAGAAUAGGAGAGGGCCUAGAACAGAGCCCUGGGGGACAACAGUGGUGAGAGCGCGUGGUGAGGAGACAGAUUCUCGCCACGCCACCUGGUAGGAGCGACCUGUCAGGUAGGACGCAAUCCAAGCGUGGGCCGCGCCGGAGAUGCCCAACUCGGAGAGGGUGGAGAGGAGGAUCUGAUGGUUCACAGUAUCGAAGGCAGCCGAUAGGUCUAGAAGGAUGAGAGCAGAGGAGAGAGAGUUAGCUUUAGCAGUGCGGAGCGCCUCCGUGAUACAGAGAAGAGCACUUAUUGAUAAAGCCAGUGACUGAUGUGAUGUACUCCUCAAUGCCAUCGGAAGAAUCCCGGAACAUAUUCCACUCUGUGCUAGCAAAACAGUCCUAUAGUUUAGCAUCUGCUUCAUCUGACCACUUUUUUAUAGACCGAGUCACUGGUGCUUCCUGCUUUAAUUUAUGCUCGUAAACUGGAAUCAGGAGGAUAGAAUUAUGGUCAGAUUUGCCAAAUGGAUGGUGAGCGAGAGCUUUGUGCGGAGUAAAGGUGGUCUAGAAUUGGUUGUACAUUUGGUUUAAAUGUACAACCCCCCCAUGCUGAAAGAAAUUAGGUCAAAUUGAUUUAAAGUGCAUUAAAGUCCCCGGCCACUAGGAUCGCCGCCUCUGGAUGAACGUUUGCCUGUUUGCUUAUGGCGGUAUACAGCUCAUUGAGUGUGGUUUUAGUGCCAGCAUCGGUCUGUGAUGGUAUGUCCACGGUGAUGAAAAAUACAGAUGAAAACUCUCGAGGAAGAUAAGCUGGAGACCACACUAACUCAGGCGAGCAAAACCUCAAGACUUAGAUAUCGUGCACCAACUGUUGUUUAAAUGCAUUGGCCUCCGUCCCAUGUCUUACCAGAGGCUGCUGUUCUGUCCUGCCUUAGAGUGUAUUACCCUCUAGCUGUAUGUUAUUCAUGUCGUCGUUCAGCCACGACUCUGUGAAACAUAAGAUAUUACAGUUUUUAAUGUUCCGUUGGUAGGAUAAAUGUGCUUUCAGUUCAUCCCAUUUAUUUGCAAGUGAUUGAACAUUAGCUAACAGGACGGAAGGCAAGGGCAGAUUAGCCACUCGUUGCCUUAUCCUCAUAAGAGACGGUAGCAACAACAUUAUGUAUAAAACAAGUUAUGAACAAAGCAAAAAACCCAUCAAAGUAGGUUGGUUAAGAGCCGAAAAUAUGGCACCCUUCUCCUCCAGCGCCACCAUCAAACAAGAAGUAACCAGUGACUUGCUCAAUACGGAAGUGGUCAGUUGACACAGAUGUUAAGCUACAGGUCUAUUUUGCUAGCACAGACCGGAAAAUGUUCUGGGAAUCUUCUGAUGGCAUUGACGAGUACACAACAUCUGUCACUGGCUUCAUCAAUAAGUGCAUCGAUGAUGUCGUCCCCACAGUUACCGUACGUACAUAGCACAACCAGAAGCCAUGGAUUACAGGCAACAUCCGCACUGACCUAAAGGGUAGAGCUGCCGCUUUUAAGGAGCGGGACUCUAACCCAAAUGCUUAUAAGAAUUCCCACUAUGCUCUUCACUAUGUCCUCCGACUGCCCUUAAACAAGCAAAGCGCCAAUACAGGACUAAGAUUGAAUUGUACAACACUGGCUCUGACGCUCGUUGGAUGUGGUAGGGCUUGCAAACUAUUAAGGACUACAACAGGAAGCACAGCCGUAAGCUUCCCAGUGACACGAGCCUACCAGGCGAGCACAAUUACUUCUAUGCUCGCUUCGAGGCAAGCAACACUGAAGCCUGCAUGAGAACAUCAGCUGUUUAGGACGAUGAUCUCGCUCUCCAUAGCCGAUGGGAGUAAGAGCUUUAAACAGGUCAACAUACACCAGGCCGCAGGGCCAGACGGAUUAACGGUACAUGUACUCCGAGCAUGCGCUGACCAACUGGCCAAGUGUCUUCGCUGACAUUUUCAACCUCUCCCUGAACGAGUCUGUAAAAGCAACAUGUUUCAAGCAGACCACCAUAGUCCCUGCUCAAGAACACUAAGCCAUGGAGUGCCAGGUGGAGGAGCUGAGGCAGCAGCUGGAGAAACAGACCCUAGUCAACCAGGAGCUGCAGAACCACAACAAGGACCUGGAAAGAAGACUGCAGGAGACGGAGAAGUUGCUGCAGGAGCUUCAGAGUCAUUACCAUGACCUGGACUUCCCUGAUCAGAGGAUCAGUAAUGAAGGGGGACUUGUGGUCAGGAAGAGCAGAGUGGCUGUCAUGGCCCCUGAGCCAAUCCCAGAGGAUCAGCAGGAGAUCAUAAAGACUAAAGUCAAGAAGACCGUCAGUGAGACGAGUCUGAUCAUCAAGGCCAUCCAGAAGAAUGACUUCCUGAGUCGCCUUGACGAUGAGCAGAUAACCAUGAUGGUGGAGCUCCUGGUGGCCAUCGACUUCAAACCAGGAAAUGAUGUAAUCAAGGAGGGCACUGAGGGAGACAGCAUGUACAUCGUAGCAUCGGGUGAGCUACUUGUCAGUCAAGCAGAUUGUAACCUUCGAACCCUGACCUGUGGGGAUGUUUUUGGAGAGUUGGCUAUUCUGUAUAACUGCAAACGCACAGCCACAGUCAAAGCCAAGACAGUGGUGCGUCUGUGGUUUAUGGAGAGACAGAUGUAUAGAACCAUCAUGACCAACAAGUCCAAGAAGAAACGUGAACAGCUAAUGGGCUUCCUAAAAACGUCUCGGACUCUGAAGGCCCUAAAUGACAGUCAGCUCUCUAAGAUAAUUGACUCCAUGGAAGAGGUGAAGUACCAGAACAAUGAUGUCAUUGUGCGUGAGGGGGCGGAGGGCAACACGUUCUACAUCAUUCUCAAAGGAGAGGUCAAGGUGACUAAGAAGUUGAAUGGGCAGGAGAAACAGAUUCGCAAGAUGGGCAAAGGGGAGCAUUUCGGGGAAUUGGCCCUGAUACGUGAAAUCCUGAGGACUGCAACAUGUACUGCUGUUGGCCCUGUGACCUGCAUCUCCAUCGAUAAGGAGGUGUUUGAGGAGACGAUCCCCAUUGAACACCUGGAGCUCCAUGAUGACAUCAGCUCUAUGGUUUUGGAUGAGCCAGAUGCUCCAGAGAAGACCAGUCCUAGUUCCCAUCUGAGACUGAAGGACCUGAUCCCCGUACUGUACCAGGAGGGGCGUUACCAGGGAGAACCUGUCACUCUCGGAGUGGGAGGGUUUGGUCGCGUUGAACUGGUGACCACUCUGCAUCAUGGAAAGUACUUUGCCAUGAAGCGGGUCAGUAAGAAACACAUUGUUGCUAAGCGACAGGAGGAGCACGUCCUGUUUGAGAAGAGGAUCCUCAAAGCCAUCAAGAGUGACUUCAUUGUCAGGCUCCAUUCUGCCUUCAAAGACACUCGCUACAUCUACAUGAUUAUGGAGUUCUGUGUAGGAGGGGAGAUCUGGACCAAGCUCAAAGAAGUUGGACGAUUUGAUGAGCCCAUUGCUGUAUUCUGCGCUGCCUGUGUAGUGGAGGCCUACGCCUACCUUCAUAAAAAGGGCAUCAUGUACAGAGACCUCAAGCCUGAGAAUCUGAUGCUGGAUGCCAAGGGCUAUGUUAAACUGGUGGACUUUGGCUUUGCUAAGGAGUUAGUGCACGGUAAUAAGACCUACUCAUUCUGUGGUACUCCGGAAUACAUGGCCCCAGAAAUCAUCCAGAACCAGGGACAUGACUUUGCUGCUGACUUCUGGUCCCUGGGCAUCCUAGUCUAUGAGCUGCUGGUGGGGAGCCCUCCAUUCUCCAGUUCUGAGCCCGCGAAGAUCUACCCUAAAAUUUUGGACGGGGUGCUCAAGUUCCCACCUUACAUGGGCGAGGGGGCCAAGUCCCUCAUCAGUAAACUGUGCAGGUCUCGACCGGGUCAGAGGCUGGGAAACACCAAGAAUGGGAUUAAAGAUGUACGCCACCACAGGUGGUUCAGCAGUAUGAACUGGCACAAGCUGCGUGUGGGCCAGGUGGAGGCUCCUACAAUCAGACUCAUACGUAAGGGUCCGUGCUACAUCAACUUUGAUCGCUUCCCCUUCGACCAGGCUCUGGCUGAUGAGGAGUUCUCCGGCUGGGACAAAAACCUCUGACUUGAACCAGAACCUGAACCAGUCCAAGUGAGUCAGAGUUCAGAGGUCACGGGUUCACUGAUAGAUUUACCCAGAUCAGACUACUUCUUGGUGACAUUGGUUUACCUCUUACCCUUAAGACUCUGAACGCAAUGUAGGGGUAGGGACACGUGUGCUCAUUGAAAGCUGUAUGUGUGUGUUGUGCCCAAAAGAAAGAUUCAUUCUUUAAAAAAAGUUUGGAUGUAAUGUCUCAUGCUGGACAAAGAUAUGGUUUUACCGUUGACCCUCAUUGUACUUUGUAAUUUAGGAUGGCAUUAUUGUUAGUCUCUGUUGCUUGUAACAUAUACUGUCUGUAUAGAAUACUCAAUGUAUGUGUUUCACAUUAUAAUAAAUGUAUAUGUCACCAAUGACCCUUAAAUGUAUACAUAGAGGAGAAAAGGUGCUUCAGUACAUGCCAACACUGCUGAGUGGAGGCUGAACAGGAAUGCAGUCUGUUCUAAAUGGAAUCCUAUACUGUGGUUUGGUACAGAGCACAGGUUUGGUAUGACGUCAAGUACUAUGUAGUAUUUGAACAUCAUUACACACUUCCUCAGUGUCUGUUAGCUUGACUUAAGCUAUUUUACUUGACUGUGGUGAAUCAAUCAAGUCAUCAGACCUCUAAGGACAAACAACUCUUAUCAGGAGGGAAUAACAAACAACAAAUAUGCAUAAUCUGUGAUGGUGGUCUGAAGUACAUCUGAUUUAUAUUGGAUUAAAAAGGAACUGGAUGAUUGAUCAACAUGUUUGGUACAAGGGGAGUACAAAUUGCCAUUGACAAUAUUACUAUUAUGAUUAAUAAUAUUUUGUAUAUGAUGCCAAGUACAGCUUCCAGUGUUUGUUACUACUGUUUUUCAUUUGUGUAAAUCUUCCAGGCCAUCUUUGUAUACUGAACAAAAUAUAAAUGAAACGGUGUUGGUUUCAUGUUUCAUGAACUGAAAUAAAAGAUCCCAGACAUUUUCAAUACA